GAGCGAAAUACAAAAAUUGUAUGCCCAAGCGACUGCACACGGGCCAUCGAUCACAUGAACGGAAGAAAAGUCGGUGACACGAAUAUUGUGGUGUUGCCGUUCCAAAAACAAAAUGCCGGUUCCCGUUCCCGUUCCCGAUCGAGUGGAUCUCGUCGUCGUUUCGACAGCCGCAGGCAACCUGACCCAUCGUCCCACCACAAUUCAACCCGGCAUAGACGUGAACGUUCCCGAUCGCCCGGUCCCUCCUCCCCGCACUUGCCUGUGCAAUAUCUGGGCGAACCAAAGCCGCCCAGUCUGCAGCCUCUGUUCCCACGUGAGCUGGAUACCAAACAAAAUCAAAUGGCAGUUUUCCAAUUCCCAGGCUCAACAGCCCUACAGGAUGCCAAGAAACGCCAUGACAAAGAAAUGUCAGAUUUAUAUAGGUACUUGGACACUAUCAAAAACACAAUCGCUAGGCCUAAUCAAGGCACCAAAUAGAAAUUACUGGCAAUCGAUAUCGGAUACCUCGAAGCAGCAGUCCCCCAGCCAGUCACCCAUUCGUCAUUCGUCUCUUGAGCAUCAUGCUGAUGAAGAUCACACAAGCUAAAUCAUUAAACUUAUCAUUAUUGGAAAGCCGUUCAAUGGGAGGAAUCUGUAAAUG